AGAUGGGCCAAACAGGUUUACAGGUUUCAAUACCAAAGAAUUUCGAAAGAGGCAAGGGACUUUUCCUACCGACGAUGUUGUUAACACCGUAAAACUAACAUUGGGAAGAGCGUAUACAGGUAAGUUAAAAAGAUGUAUGAAUUUUUAGGCGAUAAUUUUAUAUAUAUAUAUAUAUACACAACAUUGUACUUAAUUAAAAAAUGCAAAUUUGACCAUGCUAGAACACUUCUUAGAGAGUUGCAUAGGCUGCCGAUCCCCGCUCGCAUAGAGUACAAAAUUGCAAUUAUGUGCUACCGCUGCUUGCAUGACCUGGCACCGUCCAAUCUCAGAGCGCUACUGACGCCAUAGGUACCCACUAGACAACUCCGCUCAUCUGAUAGUGGCAAACUCUCGAUACCACGUGUUCACCUAGAGACUUAUGAGGGGCGCCCUUUCGCAUUUGCUGCCCCAACAAUUUGGAACACCCUUCCUGUCGCUCUCAUAAACACCCAGAUAGUGGAGUCUUUUAAAAAUUGAUCUCAAGACUUAACUUUUUUGCAAAUUCCUGCUGGGGUGAUGUUGUUUAUAUAGCUAUUAUCUUGUAGAUGUAUAUUGGCUUGUGUUGUUUAUGUUUGAAAGUUAUGAAAGACUUAGAAUAGGUAUUAUCGUAUGUAGUUUUUGUAAUGUUGCAUUUUGUACUUCAGUGUGGUAUGUACCGCGCUUCGAGCCUUCGGGGAUGAAGUUUGAUUUUCAAAUAUUAUUAUUAUAAGCUAUUAAACAAAUGUUCUUGAAAUGCUAUCAGUUCUAGUAUAUAUAUAUAUAUAUAUAUAUAUAUAUAUAUAUAUAUAUAUAUAUAUAUAUAUAUAUAUAUAUAUAUAUAUAUAUAUAUAUAUAUAUAUAAAUAUAUUUUUUAUAUAUAUAUAUAUAUAUAUAUAUAUAUAUAUAUAUAUAUAUAUAUAUAUAUUUUAUAUAUAUAUAUAUAUAUAUAUAUAUAUAUAUAUAUAUAUAUAUAUAUAUAUAUAUAUAUAUAUUAUGUGUGUGUGUGUGUUUACGUGUGUGUACAACAUAUAUAUAAUUUGCGCCUUAUUAUCAUUAUAGUAAUAGAAGUAUGCAUAUAUAUUGCUACACUUUUGAACCAUUAAAAAAUACUCUUUUUCAAUUAAAACUAUUCUUGUACACUUGUCUUAUCUUCGAUCAAUGCUUAGAUGUAUAGCCUGACAUUUUACAUACAAGAUAAUAAAAUGUACGUAUCUGUUUGAAAGGCAUCUCUGCUGAUGAACUGGCAUCAGCAGCACAGAGUGAAAAGGAAGCAUCUGAGGCCUUACUUGCUGCCCACAACGCUGAUGGUAAGAGAUUGAAUUCAUUCAUCAUACGCUCCUAUCAUCGCAUUCCCUAUGAACAGAAUAAUUAGAUAAAAUUUAAAAUGGGUAUAAUGCAAAGCAAAAAUAUGACAUAAUUUUAAGUUUAAGGUCGCUAUUAUUUAUUAUUGGUUUGGCUGACCUGUAACAACUUUACCGAAUUUCUAUACACAUUAUCGAAAUAAAAAAAUUAACAACAAUUUAUAAAGCACCAAUUUAAACAUGUUAUUUAUUAUAAUGCUGAAAUAUGUUUAAAAUAACAUUUGAACAACCGGCUGUAAAAGGUUAACAAAAGAUCCCCUCUUGUAAUGAAACUAGAUGCAGAUAUUUUUUCGUUAACUAUCCAAAGCACUCUUAACAUUUUUUGCUUUAAUGUUGUAAUGCAAAUUGCAAAUAGAAGAAUGCUAAAUUUGGCAAAUGUUUGCAGUUAUUUAUAAUCAGAGGUUUAGUGCUGAAGUGGAUUUUUCUAUCCAUUGCUUGGCGCUCCAUGUUAUGCUGUCUCCCUCUAUGUAUUCCGUGGUGUUUGGUAGACGAAAAUAGUCAACCUGCCCCGCUUAUUUUCAUUGUGUCAACACCCCUUUUCAACAUUUCAGACUAGUUGGUUAGCGGCUGGUAAGUCUGUUGUCAAGGUUUCCUUCUUAAAUUGAUGGACAAUCUGUUAUUAAAAGAAAAAAAAUAUUUUAUUUCUCUGGGACAAAGGGCUUGCCCAAGGUGCUGCCAAGGGGGGCUUUCUAAGGGAUGGCCAAGGAGGCUGGCCAUAGAGGGGGGGGGGCUGGCGAAGGGAAUGGCCAAGACCUUCACAAACAUUUAUCUGACACGUUAAUUAUCUCGUCACGAAAAAAACAUCAUCGGAAACUUGAAAUUAAUUAUUAAAACUUAUCUAUCAUCUCUCGUCACUACAAAUGAUUUGAAAGAAACAAUGCGAAAGCUGAAUGAGAAUUAGAAAUAGAUUUUAACAAUGAAAAAGUGAUAUCACUUAACAAUUGAUGAUCUUUUCUUUAAGUGUCGGAUGCAGACGCUCAAAGUGUAAUCAAUGAAGUAGCGGCCGGAAUAAAUGGUGUCCCUGCUGUGGAGUCUAUUGACUCGGGUAAUGUUCAAAGAACACUUUUUUGAUGUUUUAAUAAGACUUGCAAUAUACUUUAAGAGUUAUAAUUAAAUGUCACUAAAUUACACAACGCGUAUUUCAGUAUUUUAACUAAAAUGUGUUAGAAGGAGACCUAUUUUUUAUUCGGCAUACUCUAAUGGACAAUGUGUGAAUUAUUGUUUAUGUUUAGUUGUUACAGUAAUUUAAUUGAAAAUGUGCUUUUUUAAUUUUUUUUUUAAUAAAACAUGUGUUUUGAUAAAAUAUGAUUAAUCCAUCUUUCAAUUUUGUUUCGUAAGCUAAGUAUACUCAAUUUAAGAAAAAUACAAUAAAAUGCUAUUUUUUAAAAAAAAAUAUAUAUUCCAGAUGAACUUGGAGACCAAGCAAAUAAAAUUACGCUUAUCUUGCAGUUGUGGAAAGGACUGAUAGAAAAAGUCAAGAGUCAAGAAGGUAUAUUUUCACAUUCUCAUUUGCUAUUUCACUCGACAGCCUUAAAUUCAGUAAUAUGCUUUAAAUGAAAUGUGAUUCUAACAGCUCAAUCUAAAUGAUGCAAACUUUGUUCAUGGUGAUCACGAACAUUUCUCUUACUGACCCACAUGGCAAAUACACGAAAUUGUCAUUCCUUUAAAUCAACAGAAAUACAUUAUUAGCAAAGAGGGCAUCAGAAAUCAAACAAUAAUUUAUAAAAAAAAUCUAUAAGAUAUUUAUUUUUAUAUAUCUUAUAUAUAUAUUUCAUAUUUAUAAAAUAGUUUUGCCCUCGGCUACUAAAAGAUAGGCACCAAGGGCUGAUUGGUUAACUUCCUUUUAAUUAACGUUUAUGUAUUUGGGGAUGAGUGAGAGAGGGGAUUAACUGCUUCAUUAUAUGUUAUAAUUAAUUGUACUAUUUAUUUUUAAAAGUUCUUUAACUUUUCAUCCGUUCAUAUUCCCAUUAUAUCGACCUACAUUCCCUUAACCUAUCGAGCUGAAACUUGGCCCAUAGAUUCGUCGCGGAUGAUAACACGUCGUUUCAAAUGUUCAGCCCCACUUUCAAGUCCAACAAUCAGUUGUUACGUUUUGUCAAGGGGCAGAUGCAUUAAAUAUGAUGACGACCCCGAUUUUAACGAAAUAAGAUGUCCGAUAACUGCCUGCGCUAAUUGAGAAUUAAUUUUUUUUUUUUUUAAAAUAUGGCUAUUUCGGUUGGGUGUGAUAUAUCCUUUUGUUUUACUGACAUAGUUGGUGAAAUGAAUCUGCAGUGUAAAUGAGGACGAGUCAUUAGAAUAUUGAUAUAGUUAUAAAAAUGUUUGGAUAGCGAGCCUUCAAGGGGAUAACUGAUUGGGAUUCUUAUAAAGAGUGUUAACCAUUCUUUGCCCUUAAAUUGAUUAAAGAAUUGUAGGAAAAAAAUUGAUUUCUUUGUUGUUGUAUUUUUAAAAAUAGUGUUGUUUUUAAACAGUGCAUCAUUUUUGACAUUGUAUUUGAAAUUCUACUUCUAGGUUUAGGACAAAAUUAUGAUGCAGCUUUGAAAGCCCUCAGUAACUUAUCUGAUUCUCUCCUUAAGGCGGUAAAGAAAUCGGGUAAACUUUAUAUUUGUUCAUAAAUUAAGUAAAGUGUUUGUUAUCAUUAAUUGUCAUGGUAUAAUUUUUUCAGGGAUUAAUUUUAACAGCUUUUCUGUAUUUAUAUUUCAACGUUAAAAUACAAAAUUAUUACAUACAAAAUAUUGUACAUAAAAAUAUAUAUAACCUUACACAGUAAAUUAUUCUAUACAGUGUAUUUAUUAAGUUAUGACUGACGCAAGAACCAUAGCUAAAACAUGCACUAAGAGUUUAUUUUAUCGUUGAAAUUUCUGUAAUUCUGACUCUAUCUAUUCAGCUUUUUAAGUCUCUAAAUGAUAAAGAUAUGUAAAAAAUAAUUAGUUCUACAAAUUACUAUAUGCAAUUUUGGGAAAAACACGUUUUUUAAAGUGGAUAUAUGAUAAAAAUAUUGAGUUAUUUAGCGUUAAAGGAGAAAAAAAACGUGAACAACGUGGAAAUAACAGUAGAACAGCGUUUCUCAACAUGUUGGUCGCGGCUCCAUCUGGGGGUCUAAUAACUCAUACACAAUAUCUGUAAGACCAUAAAAGAACAUAUAGAUUUCUGAAGUAGAUACUAAAGAAAAACUAUGGUUGUGGUGGGUCACCACAAAAUUGGGAAGUGUGUUAAAGUGUCGCUGACUAGGAAGGUUGAGAACCUCUGUAGUAGAGGCUUGAGAUUUAAAGUUAAUUAGAUAAUCUCUUUGAUACAUCACACACACACACACAUUUGUUCGAGCAAAACAUAUGCAUUUAUGUAUCUAAUGAGUUAAUUUAGUAACUUCUUAUCCAUUUCUCCUAUACAUUAGUGCAUUGAUAAAUCAUAUCUUAAAGAUGUUUUUUGGCAACAAGUCUCCAGUUGUAAUUAUUUUUCGGGGCUCACUUGAUGGUUUGGAUUGAAACAACGAUGUUCAUUGAACGUAUUUUUCAGUUAGGUCAUAUCUAAAAAAAAGAUUAAAUCACGGUUGUUGAAAUUAAAAUUUAAAUAUUAUCUUUCAAUUUAUUUCCAUUCAUUUUAUGUUUUAGUGGACUAUGUGACAGUCAAAGUUUUUAAAAAGAAAGCG